AUGGCUUCUUCUUCUUCCCAAAAGUUCCAACUUCUCUCAAAGCUUUCCUUCAUCAUCAUCCUCCUUUCUCUCUUCAUUUUUGCUUCUGCAACUCUACAAGUGGGUUUCUAUAAACCAUCUUGUCCUCAAGCUGUAGCCAUUAUCAAGAACGUCGUAGACGAGGCCAUCGAUCGCAACCCCGGGAUUGCUGCCGGUCUCAUCAGAAUGCACUUCCAUGACUGCUUCGUUAGAGGUUGCGAUGGUUCUGUACUAUUGAAAUCCACUCCUGGCAAUCCAGCUGAGAGAGAGCAUCCUGCGAACUUUCCAAGUUUGCGAGGUUUCAAGGUUAUUAACAAAGCCAAGGUCCAAAUCGAGACCGUUUGUCCCCAAACCGUAUCUUGUGCAGACAUUCUUGCCUUUGCAGCCCGUGAUAGCGUCUAUAAAGUUGGAGGCAUUAAUUAUGCCGUCCUAGCAGGCCGUCGCGAUGGUCGUGUUUCAAUAAAAGAAGAAGCCAAUACUCUCCCACCUCCCUCUUUCAAUGCCAAGGAGCUCAUUAAUAGCUUCGCACAACGAGGGUUGUCAGCAGCGGAGAUGGUGACUCUUUCAGGCGCACACUCCAUCGGAGUAGCUCAUUGCUCCACCUUCUCUAAUAGACUUUAUUCCUUCAAUGCAACUCACUCACAAGACCCUUCAAUGAACCCUAAUUAUGCCGCUUACUUGAAGACGAAAUGCCCGGCGUUGUCGAGUGAUCAGCAGCGGACGGUGGCGCUCGAGUUUUCAACCCCGAACCAUCUUGACCAUCAAUACUACAUUCAGCUGAAGAAGCACCGUGGGCUGUUGAGGUCAGAUCAGAUAUUGUUGAGAAGCCCUUUCACUUCAAGAAUGGUGUUGGAGAAUGCCAAUGAUGGCUCCAAAUGGGCCGUUGAGUUUGGAAAGGCAAUGGUUAAAAUGGGUUCUAUUAACGUCCUUACAGGAUCACAGGGUGAAAUCAGACGCCAUUGUAGUUUUGUCAAUUGA